AUGAGAAGAGAAGAAGCAGAUAUUCGACUAGUGAAUGGGGAGAACCACUGUCAAGGACGAGUUGAAGUUUUUUAUAAUGGGACUUGGGGAACAGUUUGCGAUGAUGACUGGGACAUUGUAGAUGCCAAUGUAGUUUGUCGACAGCUGGGAUGUGGUCAAGCCAUCGUUGUGACUCACCGACUUUCAUUUGGCCAAGGCACUGGACCUAUUUAUUUGGACAAUGUGGACUGCAAAGGGACAGAAUCAGUGCUGAGUCAGUGCAGGAGCCUUGGAUUGGGGAUUCAUAACUGCUACCACUAUGAGGAUGUCGCCGUCGCCUGUAAUGAGAUUUUGCCCACACCUAGUAAUAAGGGUCAGCUCACAAAACCUUCACAGAAUGUUCUACGCGGGGGUGAGCGAGAUGGCAGUAUAAGGUUGAUCAAUGGAGCUGACUCCUGUCAAGGGAGAGUAGAAAUCUUCUACAAGGGUAACUGGGGUACAAUAUGCGAUGAUGAUUGGGGAAUGAAGGAUGCAAUUGUUGUAUGCAGACAAAUUAACUGUGGUGAAGCCCUGGACUACAAAAGCAAUGCUUACUUUGGGUAUGGAACUGGUCUAAUACUACUGGACAAUGUGAAUUGUGAUGGGUCAGAGGCAUACAUAACAGCUUGCUACAGUCUUGGCUGGGGAAUUCACAACUGUGGCCACCAUGAAGAUGCUGGAAUCAUCUGUGCUGGUCUGGGAAUCUCAACUACAGCCUUAAGCACCAGUCCUGUAGCUCAUGACACUGCAGGGUCAUUUACAGACACAGCCACAGUUACAUGGGGAGGAAGUCCACCUUCUCCUGAGACAGAUUUGCUCACAACCAGAUUUUUUCAGCCUGGGAGGAAAAGUGGCAGCAUUAGACUAGUAAAUGGAAACAGCAGCUGCCAAGGAAGAGUGGAAGUCCUCUAUCAGAAUACCUGGGGAACUGUAUGUGAUGAUGACUGGGAUUACAAUAAUGCGCAGGUGGUUUGCAAGCAGAUGGGUUGUGGUCCUGCCAUUGUGGCUACAACUCUUAGCUAUUUUGGCUAUGGCAGUGGUCCCAUCCUCCUUGAUAAUGUAGAUUGUGUUGGUACAGAGAAAGACCUAAUCGAAUGCUUCAACCUAGGUUGGGGGCAACAUAAUUGUGGACAUCAUGAAGAUGCAGGUGUAAUAUGUCAAGGUCUGAGAGACUCAGAAUUGCUUCCCAAAGGAAGCAGCUUUGAUGUGACAACUAAAUCAGCAACACCUCCAAAAGAUGGGUCCAUGCGCUUAGUGAAUGGAAGCCAUCGCUGUGAAGGUCGCCUGGAAAUCUUUUUUUUACUGCAGUGGGGCACUGUGUGUGAUGACGCAUGGGACCUAAAGGCUGCAAAAGUGGUCUGUCGUUCUGUAGGCUGUGGAGCAGCAGUAAAAGCAUGGGGAGAAGCAUGGUAUGGGCAGGGGACUGGCACUAUUUUCCUUGACAAUGUUAAGUGUCAUGGCAAUGAAAGUUCCCUAUUACAGUGCUCCUACAUUCACUGGAAUGUACACAACUGUGACCACUCCGAAGAUGCCGGGGUGAAGUGUGGGCUCUUGUGA